AUGGCUGUCUCUCCCGUAACUUUGUUAGUACUUGGUGCCGGCAACCGUGGCCGAGCGUACGCCAAGUAUGCACGAGACAAUCCCAAUCUCGCCCAGGUGGUUGCUGUUGCUGAGCCGCGCCCGGAACGGAGGCGGGUUUUCUCUAAGCCCCAUCAUAUACCGGAAGAACUACAAUUCGACGAUUGGAGAGCGCCACUCGCAAGAGGUAAAAUCGCCGACGCUGUCAUCAUUGCUAUAUUAGAUAACCUUCAUCUCGAAGCCGUCGCGGAAUAUUCCAAGCAGGGAUACCACAUCCUCUGCGAGAAACCCAUGGCAACAAAUGUUGCCGACUGUAUCAAGAUGUUCCAAGAAAUAACUAGCCUACCUACUCCGAAAGUAUUUGGUGUUGGUCACGUGCUUCGAUAUUCGCCUUAUAAUCAAGCUGUUAAAGAAGUUAUUGACUCUGGCGCAAUUGGCGAGAUUAUCAACAUUCAACAUAUUGAGCCAGUAGGAAGCCGACACUUUGCUCAUUCAUAUGUUCGAGGCAAUUGGCAUAAAGAAGCAGAUUCCACUUUUGCUCUCAUGGCAAAAUGCUGCCACGAUAUCGAUAUUCUCUCAUUUUAUCUCUCUGGCUUAAAGCCUUUAAAGGUUCAUUCCUUUGGAUCGCUGUCGCAUUUCAAAAAGUCAAAGAAACCGAUUGAGGCAGGCGACGCAAUAAGCUGCCUUGACUGCCCAUACGAGUCUCAGUGUGCCUGGAGCGCCAAGAAGAUUUACUUGGAGACUCUGGGACGAGAAGUAAAACAAUAUUCGCAGAAGAUAGUCGACGCAGAAAUACCCGAUAUCGAGAAUGUCACCGCAGUUCUGACAUCGACUGCAUAUGGAAGAUGUGUUUAUGAAUGCGACAAUGAUGUAGUUGAUCAUCAAGUCGUCAAUAUCGAAUAUGAAGGUGGCGUUACUGCUAGUAUGACAAUGUCAGCCUUUACAGAAAGUGAAUGCUUUCGUGGUACCCGUAUCCAGGGAACCAAAGGAGAGCUGAUCGGCGAUAUGAUCACGUUUGACGUUUUUGACUUCGCCGACCGCACAAAGAAACAUUAUACUCCAAGGCAAGACGGUGGAAACCAUGGUGGAGGAGAUAGAGGAAUUGCGGAGGCUUUUGUCGCUUCAGUUGCGAACAACAGACAAGAGGAGCUCAAAGUUACCCCUCGAGAAAUCCUAGACUCUCACCUGUUGGUGUUUGCAGCCGAAAAGGCUCGGCGAGAAGAGCGAGUCAUCAAUUUUACACAGUUUGAAGAAGAUUGCAUGCUGGGUAAAGAUGUUGGGUUUUAG